CUCGUCGUUAAAUAUCUCUCCCACUCAUUUAGCUCUUCCUCUAUUCCGGUAUUGCUGAGAAGCCAGAAAAGAGCGAGCUCUCACACAGACAAGCCCGGAUUUUUAGGUUUUGCUUACUUGCGCCUCCUUGGCUUUAAAAUUAUCGCCAUGGGCCUACUUGACCAGCUCUGGGAUGAUACCGUCGCCGGACCUCGGCCGGAGAACGGCCUCGGCAAGCUGCGGAAGCACUCCACGUUCAGUUUCCGUUCCGGCUCCGGCAAGGGAACCGAUGGCGGGAGCGUGAGAUCGUACUGUGAGGAUUCGCCGGAGGAAGCGACGACGAGAGUUACGCGUAGUAUCAUGAUAGUGAGACCUCCGGGAUAUCAGAAUGCUUCGCCUCCGGUUUCGCCAGCCGGUUCUACUACUCCGGUAUCUCCAUUUUCCGAGAAUCGUUCCGGUUUCGAAGAAGGUCCACCUCCGAUGCAUACGAGAAGGCAACCGAAGUUGGACCCAGGAGCCCUACUUCUCCUUACGACAUAUGAGAUAUGAACUCUAGAGAAAAAGAGAGUCUUUCCAUAUCCAAUUACGACGGCGAACAAUAUGUAUAUAUAUAUAUAUAUAUUUGAAAAAAUAUAUAUAUAUAUAUAUAUGUCAGAUUGCUUUCAAUUCAGUUGCUUUAGUUAUGCCUUUAUGUGUGAGGGGGGUGUAUUUUUGAGGCUGUGUGGUUGUUGUUGUUUGUUGUUAAUGAAAGCUGUGUAUAUAGAUGCUAUGUUAGCAAAUGAUAUGCAUGGCAUUUUGUGGGAGAUGGGGUUUGUAAGAUAUUAGGGUUGAUCCCUGUAACGGAGGUGACGUGUUUGGGAAACAUCUUUGUACUCUGCUUUUAUCAUCCAUGUAUAUAGUUUCUUUAUUUCGUCGGCGGCAGUCUGUUUCUUCUCUCUGUGUAAGUUCUCAGAUCUGUUUGUUAAGAAUAAGAAUGAAAAUCUAUUCCCAUCCUA